AUGGAUGGGGCACCCGUGGAGAAGGCUGCAGUGGCCUUCCCCAGCCUCAAGGCAAGGAGUCGUGAGCCACCAGAGGUGGCUGCGGUGCUACGGCGCGGCCCCUAUGCCUCGCUGCAGUCCGUGGAGGAUGCACUGCAGCCAGCCGCUUGGACUGAACUUCAGCAUGGCGCGUCCGCAAGCCUCCAUGUCUUCAUGCAACAGGUUCUGGUGGAAUGGCGAUGGAAGCCGCAUCUGAUUACCCGUGCUCUGCGGAGCCUCGCCAAGCGAGGUUUUCGCAACACAGCCUGGCGAGUGUUGCAGGUCCUUCGCAAGAACCACCUGGGACCUAACGUCAUCCAUUUCAAUGCAGCCAUCCACGCGGUAAGUAGCCAGAGCCAUUGGACGAUGGGCCUUGUGAUCUUAAGUUCCAUGGACAAGACCGUCGCCAGCCCUGAUGUCAUCACCUGGAACUCAGUAAUUGCCUCCAUUGGAGGGCGUUGGCAAUCAGCCUUCAGGCUACUGCAGAGCAUGGCCAGCCUGAAGGCACGCUCUGACGAGUUCAGUUUCAACUCCGUCCUAAAGGCCUGCUCCGAGGAAUCUUGCUGGCAGACCUCCUUGGCAUGCUUGCAGGCCAUGCAGGGGGAGCUGCAUUCCGAUGUGGUCAGCUGGAACAGCGCUAUCAGUGCCUGCAGCCGAUGCAGUGAGUGGCAGCAUGCCAUGGAUUUGGCGAGAAGGUUGCCAGAGAGGGGCGUCCACCCAGACUCGGUGACAACUGUCGGCUCCCUCAGUGCAUGUGAGAAGGGGUGCAAGUGGGCAUCUGCAAUUGCUUUGCUGUCAGUGAUGAACGACAACAGGCAGACGCCGAACAUCGUCGUGUGCAACUCUCUCAUUUCCGCAUGCGCAUCCGCCGGCCAAUGGGAACUUGCCCUUUGUCUACUGGAGAAGAUGCAAGUGUUCACGCUGGAGAUGGACAUCUUCAGCGUAAGCGGUGCCAUCAACGCUUGCGAGAAGGGUGGAGAAUGGCGGCGGGCUCUGCAUCUCUGCAACAACCUGCUGAAGAUUCGCCUUGCACCGAAUGUUGUGGCAAUCAGCAGCGCGAUCACAGCUUGUGCCAAAGCAAGCCGCUGGGAGAUCUCUUUGUUCCUCCUGCACUCAAUGGGCGAGCUGCAAGUGCAGGCUAAUGCCUUCAGCUACAGUUCCGUGAUGUCCGGCUGUCAAAAAGUGGGCAGCUGGCAUCAAGCUUUGGAACUUUUCCGGCAGAUGCCGACCGCUGGUUUGGUGCCCGAUGUGGUGAGCUGUAACGCUGCCUUUCAAGGCAUUGCUCGCUGGGAGAUGGCCAGCCAGCUGGUAGAUGAGAUGGACAAGAAGCAGGUGCCCGUGAACGAGCUGAGCUUCAAUAGCGCCAUUGGUGCCUGCGCCACAGUUAACGAAGUGGCUGCUGUGCAGGCCACAGCACAGUCACAAAGUCUGUCAGUUACUGUCUUGAGAGGCCUGAAGGAGCCAUCAAAUAGUGCGCGCUGCAUGGCUUACGCUUCCGGCUUUCAGACCGUUUCAGGAAAUUUCAUCGACUUGUUGUUUGGUUCGCUCCUUCAGGGUCAUGUGCUAGAUUCUCAGGACUCCUCCUACGAGAAGCAAACGAAGAAAAACGAUAACCUUGGAAUCCCGUACUGA